GACAGGACAGGACGGGACAGGACGGGACAAGACAGGCCGGACCCUUGAAUGAGCUCCGUUCUGUAUUGCAUCUCAUUACUCAAGCUCCAGCAGCCAUUUUCUGUACCAUAUCCAUCCUUUUGACUUGACAUGUUUCUCUCCCUUGCCCAACAAACAUCAUUGCCGCUGUAAUUUGUACUAUUAUUAUUCUGUUAUCCUUCACAAUGCUGAUGCUGUCCUGUAUGUAAAACUGUCGACUUCACUGCCUCCCCAGAUUCAACACCACGAGACAACACCCCCGACGGUAUGCGGGUUCCCUACGUCUGUCGACCUUGUCUGGCCCGCCUACAGCGACCUUCAUCACAGCGUUUCUGCGCCGCACUUCAUACCGUAGCAGCCCAAGACCCGCCCCAGGUGCCAGAAUGGUUCGACCACCAAUAUGGCAGCACCGCUCGUAGUCAGAAGGACCCGGCGCAAAUCGAGAUCUUCGGAGAUGCCACAAAACCACAUUCGGACCGCGCCCCCGGCCAAGCACGACGGAUAGCCAACAAUCUAAAGAGCAGGACAAGGACGCAGACCCCCGCGGACUUGCGCAGUACCGUGCUGCGACUUCGUACCAACCUCAGAAGGAUAUGGCCGCGCAUAGCUACAGUAUACGGCCUUCCGAAGACUUCUGCCCUGCAAGCCGCGGAUCAAUUGGAGCGUCUGCUCUCGGCGGGACAAGUCAACAUCGCUGACAGCUACGCCGACUUUGAGGCUUGGAAAUUCGAAUAUGCCAAGACUUUGCGACAUCUGUCCGUCGCCGGCGCCGAGGCACCGCCAGCAACUGAUGCGGCAGGCUGGGCGGUAUUCGCUGACGGCCUGAACCCUUCGAUUGACGCCAUGAAAGCGUCUUGGGAUGAGCUGGAUCAGACUCAACGUCAAGAGCUUUGGCCUAUGAUGAUACAGUCCAUACUGGCCACCAAUCCUGAGCUGCUGCCAUCCUUUGUACACGCUACUUACGAUGCUGCUUGGUCGCCUUUUUAUGUCGUCGAGGAUGUGGCCCGCCAGUUGGCUCUGCGCGUAAAGUCAUCGAGCGUGACUGAGCGGGAGAAUCUCGUGGAGCUGGUCGCCUUUCUCCUUGAAAAUGAUAAAUCCGGCCAGCUUCAGCUGGGCAACGACAUCAUUGGUACCAUCGUCGCCCAGGCUUCUCUAAGUGAAGCUGUCGGCCUUUUUUAUUCACUGAAUGCUGGUGUAAACCCCAUGACACAACAUACGUUACUCCAGUUUGCCAGUAAAUUCGCCAAAAGCAACGAACACAAAGCUUUAGCAACUGAAAUCAUCUGCUCCAUGGCCGACAUCAAAGGAUUUGACAUCAAUUCGCCAGCCGCCUCCAGCGUGUGUACAUCCUUACUGCAUCUUUCCGACAAUGAAGAGCUGCCACCAGGACCAGCUGCCCCUGAUGAACUUUUCCGCCAGCUACUGGAGUCUGGCCUUCGGCCGAACCUUCUCAACGUCACAGCACUUAUGAGGAACUUUUGCGUUCGUGGUCAUCUUGACACCGCGUGGACAGUGUUUGACUUGCUGCUCGAGUACGGUAUUGAGCCGGACGAGCAUGUUUAUUCCACCUUGCUUCAUGCUUCAAAGCGGGAUCUUGACUUCCAAUCCAUCCGGCGCGUCAUGUGUUCCAUUCAUUCUUAUGAUACUUGGAACCCUGCCAUUCUUAAUGACUUCCUCGAUGUUAUAUUUAUAGAAAGUGAAGGGCAGACGGAAAGGAGACGCAGGCAGAAGAAGGGCAAUAACGCAUUUCGACACAUGUUACACGUGUAUUUCAAAUUCUUCCAUCUCGAACCUUUGCAAAAGCUCUGCAGUUUCCCUCUUGAGGAUUAUAUCGUAUGGCAGGGACCGGCGCCGGGUAAAUCGACACUGAUCACUGAUCUGGCUGCGGCAUUGCUACCUCAGCCGCAAAGCAAGCUCAUGCAACCAGACACAAUCACACUAUCACUGAUGUUGUCCGCAGCCAUCCGGGGUGCUCCAAAAUUUUACAAGUCCACACAGUCUGGAGUGGUGGCAAUGCUGGAUCAAAUUAACCACUUCAACAAAUUAUUUGAUUCUGGAGACGCCACCGCAGUGGCCAUUGUUGAGAAGCAUGGAAGCUUGAUCUAUGACGUGUUUCUGCGAGGAAUGCUACAAUUUCAACAACUUCUUCAUCCCGCAGUCGAGCUCGUAAAAACGAUGCUAGAAAGGGCUUCGAAGGAGGAGAUGAAAUUUGGGGGGAAUAGACGAUACCCGCGCCCGUCCGUUCAUACAUGGACAAUGCUUGUCAAUGGCUUCAAGAACCACCGCCAACCAGGAAUUGCUGCGUCCAUGGUCAGGGUGAUGAUCAAAGAAGGCGGUAUCAAGCCCAACAUGGUUACAUGGAACACACUGAUCACAGCAUUUGCUCGUGUCAAUGAUGCGCAGGGUGCUGUUAGGGCCAUAAAAUAUCUUGAACAGUCGGGCCUCAGACCAGAUAAGCACACUAUCGAGGCAAUCAGCUCUAUGAAUCCCGAAGCAAGAAAAAAGGCUUUGUCCCUUAUGGAAGAUUCAGCAGAGAAGUUGAUUCCAGCAGACGAUGACGUUGCGCCGUUAUUAGCCGCCCCGUUGCCAAGAACUGAUACAUGUCGAGAUCCGGUUUCUCAACAACAAAGGGACCAAAGUGCUCCACCGUUGUCGGACGACGAAGUCUGGGCAGAAAUGCAGCGCCUCACCAAAGAAGGCGACCACCUCUUGGCGGAGGGUAUGGAGUCCUAUACCGAAGAGGACUUUCCACCAUCACCACCGCCGCCGCCUCCGCCUCCCGUUUACGAGUCAACAAAGUCAUUUGGAGCCGUCCACCCACGCAACACAAGUCACGUAAUUAGGCUGGUGAAGUACAAACAAGAAGUUGACACUUUCAUAAGGCGGGUUCGAGCGCGCCAUGAAGGGUCCGCGACUGCCAAACCUCUAAUCGAAAGUGAUCAACCGGUCGCCAAACCUGCAAUGCCUCCCACGCAAGCACCACAAUUCAAGCGCUUGAGGCGGAUUUGGAACGAAGCCUAUAUGUCGCGUAAUCAAUUACGUGAAAUUGACUUUGAAGAGAGGCCAAUAGGACUAAGGCCAUGGGAAGAAGGCCUCCAAUGGCGACUGCAGGCGCGUGCCGCCAACUUCAAGGACCGGCCCAUGGGUGUGGAAACGGAGGUAAACGAUGCCGUCCCUCUCGGCAUUGUAGCACAGCGGGACGAAGCGCCUCACCCAAGAGUCUCAACCAGCCGCCAACUGAACCCUGAACUUAGGAGGACCCUGGUGAAGGAGAGGAGGUCUAGACACUUGCAAGAGAGAGACAAAGUAAAGCACCCCACUUAGAACAAAAGGAUAAACAACAAAACAAUUAAUAUAAAUGCUUUAAACAUGAUAAUAUAAAAA